AUGGCUCCAAAAGUUGCAAUCAUCAUUUACACCUUAUACGGUCACAUUGGUAAAUUAGCUGAAGAAGUUAAGAAGGGUGUUGAAGCCGCUGGUGGUAAGGCUGACAUUUUCCAAGUUCCAGAAACUCUUACUGAAGAUGUCUUAACUUUAUUACACGCUCCACCAAAGCCAGCCUACCCAAUUGCUUCUAAUGAUACCUUAACUGGUUAUGAUGCUUUCUUAUUCGGUAUCCCAACCAGAUUUGGUAACUACCCAGCCCAAUUCAAGGCUUUCUGGGAUGCUACUGGUGGUUUGUGGGCUCAAGGUUCCCUUUACGGUAAGCCAGCUGGUAUUUUCGUUUCUACUGGUACUCCAGGUGGUGGUCAAGAAACUACUGUUCUUAACGCUUUAUCUGUAUUAGUUCACCAUGGUAUUAUCUUUGUUCCAUUAGGUUACGCUAAGGCUUUUGCCCAAAUCACCUCUUUUGAAGAAGUCCAUGGUUCUUCUCCAUGGGGUGCUGGUACUUUUGCCGGUGCUGAUGGUUCCAGAUCUCCAAACAAGACUGAAUUGGAAAUUGCCCACAUUCAAGGUAAGGCUUUCUACGAAACUAUCCAAAAAUUUUAA